AUGUUACUUGUUCUAACAGUCUGUAUAAAUGUAAAUGGUGAUAUAGAAACUCUUUCAAAUCUAAUCACACCACUUGGAGAUGGCGUUAGUUACAUUAAUACUAUAAUUCCUACUGGAGUGAGUAGUAUGUUAGUUGUACAAGAGGCAGAGCACCAAUUAAAACUUGGUAUUAGUGGUAUGGUAGCAAGUUUUGCUGUAGGUAACGUUGAUCAAAGCCUUUGA